AUGAAUGUGGCAAUUAUUGGAGCUGGAGCUGCCGGUUUGGCAUCCGCAAGACAUGUGUCGGCCAAUGGGUUCAAAUGUGACGUGUUUGAAAUGAGGGAACAACUUGGUGGUACCUGGAUUUAUACUGACGACGUUGGAAACGAUAGAUACGGUUACCCUGUAUAUUCCGCUAUGUAUAAAGGGUUGAGAACAAAUCUACCCAAAGAAGUUAUGGGUUUUCCUGAUUUUCCCAUUCCAGAACAGAAGAAAUCAUAUCUGACUCAAGCUGAGAUUCUCGACUUCUUGAACCUUUAUGCCGACUUUUUCAACCUCAAAGAAUUAAUAAAGUUCAACACAAUGGUUAUCGAUAUUCACCCUCUUGAAAAUAAUCAGUGGGAAUUGACCUACGUAGACAAGCCGACUAAUGAAAGAAUUACGAAUACUUAUGAUGCUGUAAUGAUAUGUAACGGGCACUACAACGAACCUGUAAUGCCUAACUUUCUUGGUCAAGAGAACUUCACUGGAAAAAUAGAGCACAGCCACAGCUUUAGAUCACCUGAGUGUAAUAAGGAUCAGAGGGUUCUAGUUGUGGGUGCUGGGCCAUCCGGAUUGGACUUAACACUACAGGUGUCUCGUGUUGCCAAAUAUGUUGUACUGAGCCACCAUUCACCUGAGGCAAAUAAAACUGAGGUCCCUGAAAAUGUGGAGAAGAAGCCCGACAUCAAGCGCAUCAUUAACUUUGAGAUGGUGGAAUUCGUAGACGGUUCUUGUUGUGGUUUCGACGUGAUAUUACUUUGUACGGGUUACAAGUACAGCUUUCCAUUUCUACAUGAGUCAUGUGGAGUGACCGCAGAUGAUAAUUACAUACAACCUCUUUACAAGCAUAUGAUCCACAUUGAAAAGCCUACGAUGUGUUUUAUUGGAAUACCUUUCAACGUGUGCGCCUUUCAAAUGUUCGAUUUACAGGCACGCUACUUCUGUCAAUCUUUGAAUGGUUCGAUGCGACUGCCGUCGUCAGAGGAGAUGCGAAUGCACACUGAUCGGGAAAUGCAAAGACGGUGGGAAAAAGGCUACAGCAAGCGCCAGGCCCAUAUGAUGGGUCAGUAUCAAGAAGAGUACUACAAUGACCUGGCCGCAGAUGCUAAUACUAUUCCAAUUGCCCCCGUCCUAGUUAAGCUUAGAGAUUUAAGUGUCAAAAGGUUAUAUGAUGACCUUCUCAACUUCAGAGAAGAUCGGUAUAAAAUUGUAGAUAAUGAGACUUAUGUCAGAGUAAAGUAAGAUGUAUUUUUAAAUUGUCCUAUAUUUAAUAUUUAAUUGUAGGGUAAUUUUAUAUUAUAUUAUUUAUCUAUUUGUAAAUAUAGAAGGGUUUCCUUAAUUUAUACCAGUGAAAAUAUAUGGUAUUAUCUUGAA